AUGACCGCCUUCGCGCCCCCAGACACGCACUACCCGUCCCCGGACGACCUCGCCUCGGCGACCUCGUCGCACACGCAGGGCCGCUUCCGCAUCCUGUCGCGCAAGCUGCCCAUCUCCAAGGCGGCGCCCAUCGACGCCAUGUCGGCGCGCGUCGGCAUCCCCAUCCCCGAGAUGAUCUUUGGCGACAACCUCGUCGCCGUCACGCACCUGCCCACGGGCUGGACCGUCUGCUUCGCCGCCGAGCCGGCCCUCGACGCCGUCGGCAAGACGGCCGACAACAUGCUGCAGGUCGCGCACGCGCGCGAGUGGGGCCAGAGCCGCGAGAGGACGAGCGCCGGCAUCCGCGAGGUCGUGCGCCCCUUCGACUGGACCUACAGCUCGGCGUACGCGGGCACCGUGCGCCGCGGCCUGCCCGCCACCAACGCCGGCGGCGUCCCCGCGACCGAGACGCCCGGCGCGGGGCCCCUGGCGCCGCAGGACCUCGGCAGCAGCAGCAGGGGGCCGCAAGGCGUCGUCAAGGCGAUCCCGCUCGAGCUCCUGCGCCGGCGCGACCCCAUCCUGUUCAACGACGAGGUCAUCCUGUACGAGAGCGAGCUCGACGACAACGGCGUCAGCAUGUACAGCGUCAAGUUCCGCGUCAUGCCGCAGCGCAUGCUGCUGCUGGCGCGCCUGUACAUGCGCCUCGACGGCGUGCUGGUGCGCGUGCGCGACACGCGCGUCUACGUCGACUUUGAGACGGACGAGGUGAUUCGCGAGUACACGGCCAGGGAGGACUCGUUUGACAACGUGAAAAGGGGUUUGCUCAUGACGGGACUCCUGCCGGAUGCGAUCACGGUGGCCAUGAGGGACGCCAACCAGGUCGUGAACCUACUACCUAUCCGAGAGCAGACGAUCGAGUAUGCCAAGUUGUCCUCAUGA